GCACCUCACCCCUCACCCCGCCUGGCGGCGCCUUCCCGCCCUCUCUCCCGUCAGGCCGGGGCGGGGCGCGCACGCGGCGGACCGUUGGUAGCGCGCGGGCCGCGGAGCGCCGGGGCUCGGCCUCGCUCUGCCGGGAGGAGAAGCGCGGCGAGGGGACGAGAGGUGAAGGGAGAGGGCGGCCGGGCGGGGUGCUCCGCGUGGGGGGCGCGAGGCCGGCGGCUGAGGGAGGCGUAACGGCGGUGCUGCGGCCGCGGGGCUCCCGGCGGGAGGAGAGGAGGGUGUGAGGCCGCGGGAAGAUGAAACCCAGCGCCGCAGAGGCCGCCGACAAAGGAGCGCGUCCCCCAGGUGAAAUGCAAGCAAAAACAGAAAAGACAAAAUCUUCUCUGAAGAAUGUGAAAAAAGAAGUAGGAAAACCAGAGAAACUGAAAUAUAAACCACUCACUGGGAAGGUGUUUUACCUCGAUAUUCCAUCAAAUGUGAUCUCUGAAAAAAUAGGGAAGGAUCUUAAAGAACUAGGAGGCAGAGUGGAGAGUUUUCUUAGUAAAGAUAUCAGCUAUCUGGUGUCCAGUAAAAAGGAGGCAAAAUUUGCACCAACUCUUAGUCAAAUUUCUCCAGUUCCUAGCCCAGAAUCUGUAUGUAAUGGAGGAAAUAGUUCACCUCAACCCAGCAACCGAAAAGAUCGACAGGAUGGAAGCUCAUUUAAGGCAGUGGAUGCAGUACGUUUGAGCAGAGGAAAAUCCUUAGCUGAAAAAGCAAUCAGAGAGCAGGAAUUAAUCCCCUCUGGUAGCAUACUGUCCAAUGCUUUGAGCUGGGGAGUGAAAAUACUUCAUGUUGAUGAUGUUAAACAUUACAUUGAACAAAAGAAGAAAGAGCUCUACCUAAUCAAAAGCACAGGCAGUUCUUUUAAAGAUGUGGGAAAACAAGUUACUACUCAAAAGUCAAAAACAGGUAGACUGAAAAAUCCAUUUGUGAAGGUGGAAGAUAGAAGUCGCUUCUACCGACCAUUUUAUCUACAGUUACCUAGUUUUCCUGUUCUCAACUACUGUGUUCCAAAACCUGGUAGUCCAUUUGAGGUGGAUAAGAAGCAUCCUUCUGGUCAAAAACAAACUCAGUCUAAGCAAAGCCAGCAGGUAAAGGUGAGGACUGUCAUUUUUUUAAGAAGGAAAAGCAGAACCAAAAUAAAUAGUGACAAGGACUGUAGAAUUCCUGUUCAGCUCCAUCAGAAGGACAAAAAAAGGAGAGGAUAUUGUGAAUGUUGUGGGAAGAAAUAUGAAGAUCUACAAACUCAUCUUGAAAGUGAACAGCACCAAAACUUUGCACAAAGCGCCCAGUAUCAAGUUGUUGAUGAUAUAAUCUCCAAGUUUGUUUAUGAGUUUGUUGAAUACAGGGAUGAUGAAAAAAAAGUGAAAAGGAUAAAAUGUAGUACAGGAUAUUUUUCUCCUAUUGUUGGAAAGAUAACUAGACCAGAUGAGCUGAAAGAACGACUGAAAAAGCAACGCAUUUCAUUGAAAACUUACUCGUGGAAAGAUACUGCAAUGCAGGCACUCAGACUGGAUCGUCAGCCUGCAGAAGUACAACCAAAUUCUGUGCUGGUGCCUACCCCUAUUUCUGCAUCUUUUUGUUCAAUUCUUUACUGUCAUCUGUCUCAACCUCCAGGAGUAAGAAGUAAACUCAGAAAUCAUGGCGAAAAUACUAGAACUGAUUGCUUCUGUGCCACAAACCUAGGACAGUCUGUAAUAUCAUCCAAUUUCAUACAACCACUUCCUCAGAAAGAUGGUAAAUCAUAUAUGGAGAACUUGUCUCAAGAUUAUGAGCCAUUCAGAAAAGAAAUACUUGAACAAGAAGAAAAUAAAAAGGAUUUACAGUGUUUUCAGGAAGGCGUGUGUACUUUAUAUUCUCAUACUCAAGUUACAGAUUUCAGUGAAAAAGACAAAAACUUAGCACAGCCUAAACGAAAAUUAAAUCAUGCAGGAGUUCUACCAGCAAAAUGUUUGAAAAAAACAGAUGCCAAUCCUACGUUUGUCGAGAAACAUCGUGAUUUAUGUGAUAAUCAUCAACAGAUGCAGCACAAUGUAGUUCUGGAGGCUGAGGUAUCUGAGCCUGCUAUAAACAAAGAACUUAAUGAAUUGGCUGCUGACACUGCACACUGUUCACCAUCCGGAAAGCUGCACAGAAAAGUAAAGCUUUGCUUAGGAAGAAAUAGUAGAGAAAACCGGAAACAGAAUAUAGAGUUGUGUGUGAAGUAUGCAGAUGGACUGGCUGUCCCCAGAGAGAAAAGGGCUUGCAGCUCACCAGUGCAGGCCCUACUGGAAUUAUUUCAGACAAGUGAAAUAAAAUCUGAGUUUGGAGGCUUUUCGGUUUACACUGAUCAUGAAGAUUCAACCGGCACAGAAGAUGUAUGGGAAGGGCAGAACACAAAUGUUAUUUGUUCGUUAUUUUCCUCUUCAUCAUCAUCCCCGUUUGUUGGAUUUUAAUGCUGUUUUAUUUAAUGUAAUGUUUUGCAAAUAAAUUUGCAGAUUUAAGAUUUUAUUCAUGGAAAUUUUAAGUCUUGUAUUAUGUACAGGUUAAUUUGUUUGCACGUUUUUUUAAUGCAAAAACUUCUAUAUGUGUAAAUAUGAAUAAAACUUGCUAAGAGUUUUCUAAAAA